CGAGGCUACAACCAACGUACUAAUUCUGCCAAACUCCGCGCGCCAGUCUACAGCCUAGAUUUCCACCGCCUCUAGGCGCACUAAGUAUAUAGACCGAAGUUGGCACCCGAGUUGGAGAACACUCUCCUUCAUUAUGGCGGCGGAACAGCGCAAGCUGCUCGAGCAGCUGAUGGGCGACCAAUUCUCCGGCGUCUCCUCCUCGAAAACCGCAAACCUGACCCUCAACUCACCGACUGUCUGUCGAUCAUACCUUGUGGGCACCUGUCCGCACGACCUUUUUACAAACACGAAGCAAGACCUGGGUCCUUGUCCGAAAGCGCAUCCCGAGAACCUGAAAAUAGAGUACGAUGGUCUGGCAACAGCGGAGAAGGAGAAGUAUGGCUUCCAAUACGACUACGUACGGGAUAUGCAGAAAUACAUUGACGACUGCAACCGGAGGAUCGAUCAAGCCCAGCGACGUCUGGAGAAGACACCGGACGAAAUUAGGCAAACGAACAAUCUGUUGAAAACGAUAUCAGAUCUGACAAAGACGAUCAACACUGGCCUAUUGGAAGUCAAUUGCCUUGCUGAGAUGGGCUCGGUAUCUCUGGCGUGCUCCGAGUUCUAUAAAGUCCGAACGGCAAAGGUAGCCAGAGAGCAAGCCGAGCGGGAUCUCAAAGCGCUUUCAGACACGAGCGGACCGUCAGGGCACCAGAAACUUCAAGUCUGCGACGUGUGCGGAGCAUAUUUGUCGAGAUUGGACAAUGAUCGGAGACUUGCGGAUCAUUUCUACGGCAAAAUGCAUUUGGGUUACGCUCAGAUGAGACGGACUUACGAACAGUUACAGAAAGAGUUGAAGGGUCGGCCUCCGCCACAAAGGCACGAAGAGAGUAGCCCGGCUGGUCCCCGCGGCUACGAUGACGGCGGAUAUGGCGAUGGAGGCUGGGGUGGCCGCGGAGGUUAUGGUGGACGCGGUGGCGGUGGCGGUUACAGAGGAGGUGGAGGCGGGUAUGGGCGAAGAGGAGGCAGAGGCAGGUGGUAGAAUCAGGCUCAUCACAACUUGGACCCCUUGCAGCAUAGCGAUGGCGUUGUGCGCUUGGACUAUUGAUAGCUGGGUUGCGUUUUAUUGUUUUCAGUUUUCUUCGCCAACGCUUUCAUGUAUGGAUAUGC